UAUGACAACAACCUUAAUUCUCAAGUAGUCUGCCUAAGGAAAAUCCACUGCUCCUUCAGGUCAUUCUUUCUCUCUCUAUAUCCCUUCUUGGGUUCUGUCUUAUAUAUGGAGACCCCAGCAUUAUCUAUAUAGAGAGAGAAAGAGAGAGAGUAUUAUUGUAAUACAUAUACAGAGAGAGAAAUGGAGAGCGGCGGCGGAGGUGGUGGUGCUGCAGGAGGCCGGAGCUGUUCAACGGCGGGGAACAAGAGAAAAAACGAGAAGCCUUAUAAAGGCAUAAGGAUGCGUAAAUGGGGAAAGUGGGUGGCAGAGAUAAGAGAACCAAAUAAAAGAUCAAGAAUUUGGCUGGGAUCUUAUUCGACAGCCGUGGCGGCGGCGAGAGCCUAUGACACCGCCGUGUACUAUCUCCGGGGUCCGUCUGCUAAGCUGAAUUUCCCUGAUGAAAUCGCAGCCGUCGGACUCAAAGACCUGUCCGCGGCAGCGAUACGCCAGUUGGCGGCUGAGGUUGGCGCCAGAGUUGAUGCACUUCAAUGUAAUUCCAUUAUUGGCACACAAUCGAAAGACCAUGCAAAUCUGUCUUUGCAACCUUCUUGGUUUCAAGAGAAGGUUGACUUGAACCAGAAGCCCAAGCCCGAACCCAACGAUCCAAGUCUUGAUUACUUGUGAAUAUUUGGCAUGUUGUACGAAUUGAAGGUAGAUGCUCGACUCGGCUGGACAAGAUUGUGAUAAGAAAUUUCACUUUUCGGCCAGCAAUAUUCAAUCUUCUUUAUCAAAUAUGCUAUCAAUUAAGUUAUUUUCGGAGUAUAAUAGUGAAGAACCAAGUCUUAAUUGCUUGUGAAUGUUUAGUACGUGGUAACAAAUAGACCAAAAUUUAAACUUUUUUUAGAUCUUAAUAUUUUUUACUCCUCUUUGCUUAAUAUUUUAUGAUUACUCUUAAGGUGUAUUGUAUCAAUUAAUAUUUUUCAUUGACACUAUUUUAGCUAUUUAUAUAUUUAGAUAGAACAGUUUUGAUGCUGUAACUUGGAA